AUGAACCCAAAUACUUGUUGGCUUUGCAAGAUAUUCAGAGCAGAAGAAAAUGGGAUCCACUCCAAAGUGUCUUUAGAGGAAGUGCUACAAUGGUCCCAGUCUUUUGAAAAGCUGAUAACAAGUAGAUAUGGGCCUGUGAUCUACAAGACCUACUUGAAGACAGAGCACAGUGAUGAAAACAUAGAGUUCUGGCUAGCUUGUGAAGCUUAUAAGAAGAUCACAUCACAGAGGAAAAGGAAUUCUGUUGCCAGAAAACUUUUUACAAGUUAUAUUCAACCUGAGGCUCCCAAUGAGAUUAACAUUGACAGUCCUGCAAGGAAAGCAAUUACAAGGAAUAUUCAAGAGCCAACACAGUCCUGUUUUGAUGAAGCACAGAGAAUAAUUUACUUGCACAUGGAAAGAGAUUCUUAUCCGAGAUUUCUUGAGUCAAAGUUCUAUCAAAAACUCAAAUGCAGCCUUCAAACUAAUGACAACAAUUCAACGACAAGUUAAAGGUUGAAAAUUUAGAAAAGUUCUUCUGGCAUGCAAAUGUUUAAUACUUGAAGUAGGUAGAAGUCAAGGAGUAGACAAAUAUUAUUACUAAUCUUUUUUAUCCAUCACUUUUAUGAAAUUCAAGUUAGAAUUUAUGUACAUGUCCAAAGUAGAAUUUAGAGCAAGUCUGAGCAUAAUCCACACUAGUACAAAAAGGUUUAAGAUAAUGUCAAUGUUGUAAGAAAAGACAUUGUCAGUAGAAGAGACAGUAUUUUCCUUUUGUGCUGACCCCAUGUAAAAGGAUUAGCAAAUAAAUGUGUUAACGUUAAGCUUGUAAAACCCCUGUCAGCAAGCAAGGACUCCAUAGGAAAGCCAG